CGAGCAUCGGUUUGAACAUCCCAGUACUUCCCAAACGCGCGGCUUGGGGGCUGGCUGUAAAAAUCGGCGGUGGGAGUGGGAGAAACGCGCCCAGAGCUCUGUAAAACGGACAGCCAGCUCUGGGACGGACAAGCCAAGGAUGAGUAGGCAGAGCUCCCAGUAACCGGCUUGCUUCUCUCCUCUUUUGACCACUGUUAUCCCUACAACUACUCUAAUGAAGUGGUUGGGGUUCUCUCCUUUGCCCAGUUACCCACUCAGGCACAUGUCACAGAUUAUCUCCAUCUGAAAACCAAGACCUCAAGACACUCUUACAAGAAACCAAACCAGCCUGGGUGGCCCCCAAAGCAUACAAUAACUGGGCCAUCUUUUGAUAGAAAUGCCUCACAAACUGGCAGGCGAAAAUGGCUUCAACUUCACCCCCAAACUUCUUUUUUCCAGCACAUCUAAUCCAGUGGAGAACAGUCUUACUUUUGAUACACCUACUCCCAAGGAGUCCUGCACCACCCCUCUGAGCAAUGGCACUUUAUACUCCAAUGAAAACAGCCCUUCAGACUCCUGCGUGAAACCCCUCUGCAAUGCGGAUGCUGAAAAUAAAAGCCCAUUCAGCAAAGGAAUUAAAUAUGUCUCCUCGGAAGGAGAGGCACUUGUGUGUGGGUGGGGGGCCUUCACACCUAGUUGUUUACAGUUCUUCAAUACUCCCAAGGGGGUCUUGUUCUUCCUCUGUGUGGCUUCUUUCCUGCAAGGGAUGACAGUGAAUGGUUUUAUUAAUACAGUCAUCACCUCCAUAGAGAGGCGCUUUGACCUCCGGAGCUACGAGAGCGGGCUGAUUGCCAGUUCUUAUGACAUCGCAGCCUGCGUGUGUUUGACUUUUGUCAGUUAUUUUGGGGGGAACGGGCAUAAACCGCGGUGGCUCGGAUGGGGCAUUUUGAUCAUGGGGAUUGGGUCCAUCGUCUUUGCACUGCCCCAGUUUACCACCAGCCAAUAUGAAGCACAUUUCUCAGAAGAGAGUGGCCUGUGCUCCUCCAAUCAGAGCAUGCGAUGCUUGGAAAGCGUCUCCAGCCUCUCUAAUUACCGGUUUGUCUUCAUGCUCGGACAGUUCCUGCACGGAAUAGGAGCAACACCACUUUAUACCCUUGGAGUGACCUAUCUGGAUGAAAAUGUUAAGUCCAAUUAUUCCCCUGUAUAUAUUGCUAUUUUCUACACUGCUGCCAUAUUGGGUCCUGCAGCUGGCUAUUUGGUUGGAGGAGUCUUUCUAAAUAUUUACACUGAAAUUGGGAGACAAAUCGAUCUGACUCCUGACAAUUCGCUAUGGGUCGGAGCUUGGUGGAUUGGAUUCCUGGGUGCAGGGGCUGCUUCAAUCUUGAUUGCAAUCCCCAUCUUGGGUUACCCUCACCGUCUACCCGGAUCCCAGCGCUAUAUAGUCAUGAGAGUUUCAGAAGCCCACCAGCUGAAAGAUGGAAGCCAUAAAACAGCCUCAGAUCCAGAUUUUGGAAAGACAGUUAAAGACCUGCCACGGUCAGCAUUGUUGCUGCUGAAGAACCCAACUUUCAUCUUCCUGUGCUUAGCUGGAGCCACAGAGGCCACACUUAUUGCUGGGAUGUCCACCUUUGGCCCCAAGUUUCUUGAAUCCCAGUUUAGCUUAAGUGCCUCUGAAGCUGCAACUUUGUUUGGUUACCUGGUGGUUCCAGCCGGAGGUGGUGGCACAUUCCUUGGAGGGUUCAUUGUGAACAAAUUUAAGCUGCGUUGUUCAGGAAUCAUCAAGUUCUGUUUAUUUUGCACCAUGUCGAGUCUGCUGGCGAUUUUCAUCUUUUUUAUUGAUUGCCCCAAUAUGCCCAUGGCAGGAAUAACACAGAUGUAUGACAGAAGUGUCCUGCCAGAAGGCCACCUCAACCUGUCUGCCCCCUGCAAUACGGAGUGUGACUGUCUGCGAGAGAUGUAUAGUCCUGUGUGCGGAAGUGACAAUGUCAUGUAUUACUCCCCUUGCCAUGCUGGGUGCAAGAAAAUACUGAGAAAUCACGGGAGUGGGAAAAAGGUUUACCGUGAGUGCAGCUGCAUUAUUGAAAAUGCACCCACUGCAUAUGGCAUGGCUACAGCAGGGAAGUGUACAUCUUCAUGCCAGAAAAGGACUCUCCUCCUGAUUUUCAUGUUUGUGGUCAUUCUUUUCACAUUCCUAAGCAGUAUUCCUGCUCUAACGGCAACUUUACGAUGUGUCUCGGAUAGGCAGCGAUCAUUUGCUCUAGGAAUCCAGUGGAUUGUAGUAAGGACGCUAGGUGGCAUUCCAGGCCCCAUUGCUUUUGGGUCGAUGAUUGACAAGUCAUGUCUGCUCUGGCAGAACCAAUGUGGGGAGCAAGGAUCUUGCUAUGUCUAUCAGAACUUUGCCAUGAGCCGGUACACCUUAGUGGCUGGACUGAUUUACAAGGUGAUGGGAUCAUUCUUCUUCCUGCUUGCCUGUUUGCUUUACAAGCCACCUCCACCUGAAUCCCUCCCGGGCAGCUCCGACACCUCUGAAAAUGGCAAUUGUGACCUCCAGGAGAACAAAUGUCCACUUCAGUCCCCAGACAAUACAGAGCACUGUGGAUAUGACAAGUGACUUCUACACCAUCUUCAAGAUACUGUGUCAAGAAUACAUAUUAGCCUCUUCCUGUUGAUAUUAUUUUGUUCAAUUUUUCCUCUUCCAGGAAGAAUAAUAUUAUUAAGUUCUGUUAUAAUUUACUAUUUGAUGAUACCAAAAGCACACUGGAAAACCUGUGCACUGACUUUUCCACCUUCAAACGAGGGUGUCGCCAGAUCUUUGAAGCCUCUUCCCAGUGAGAUGGAAGGAGACACAAGGAUCUCAGAAAACCCUGAUGCCACAAUCGUGAAUUUCUUCUACAAGGGGAUGCUACCAUUCUGAAAUGGAGUGCCAUUGUCUUGGAAUAUUAAAAAAUAACAUUCCAGAUGGCUGCAUCUAUGGGGUAUAGUGAUGGGUGUCUCCUGUGGUCCAAGUGAGAUUUCCUGAGGUGUCCAAAUCUUGGAUUUAGACACCAAUUUUCAAUGUGACCUCAGAAUACCAGAACAGCUUGUGGCAUCAACUUUACCCACAUCACAGUGUUAAUUUAAUUUAUUUGAAGAAGGGCUAAACCUAGCUUCAGACCAUUCCUGUAUAAAGCACUUAAAAAGGUAACCAGAGUACACACAGAGGGCCAUAUAUUCCACUGGUCCCAGUUAUUUGUUGGUGUAAAGCUGAUUUCAUGACCAAUGCCAAGGGUUAGCAUCUUAGCAUGCUGAGUGUCCACAGUCCUCCGAAUGACACAUUGUGGAUCCUUCAGACCACUUCUGUGCCCAUAAGCUUUGUGUGGUGAUGGAGAGCAGGUCUCUCAGGGUCCGGUGAGGUAGCAGGGGCCUAACCUGUAUGAUUUGGCUGGCCAAUUGUUGCUAUGGGCAAUUAAAGAUAUUGGAUGACAUGAUCCACAAGCCUCUGGCAACUGAAGGAGGGCUGCUGGUCCAGAAGGCUGAGGGUUCGCUUAGCACCGCAGACUGUGCACAGGGUUGUGUAGCCCUUAGGAAUAGUCAUACAAGUGGACAGGACUUUUGGAGGGAGGGGAGAGAUGCAAAAAUUGGUCCCUCCUCCUCUGUGCCUGAUAUGCUGCACAAGAAGCCUACAGUACAGUGAUGCUGAAAGCUCCUUGCGGACCCAUAGCCCUCCUUCUCUGGCUGGAGGGCUGUGAAUCAUGUCAACUAUUGAGUUCUUUGUUGGGUCAGAUUCCCUUUUCUUCCUGUUCAUCACUUGAUGGCUGCAAAGACAUGGUGACUUUUAUGCUUCAAUCAGUAAUCAAAUAUCACAGACAGAGCUUUCAUAUCACCUCACAGCACCUCAAACACAAUCAUUACCAGCAGAAGCUAUUGAUGUAUUCAGCUGUGAGUCACUGAAUCAGUGAAUCAUCAAGUGAUGCACAUGUGCGUAUAAAUCAACCCUUUAUUACCUUGGACAGGCAGCUUCUGUUUCCUCUUUCAACUUAUUGGUUGUAGUAAUUUUGUUCUAAAUGUUUAUUCAGACAGUGGCUUCCUACACGCAGGCAGACAUGAUAAGGAAAAUUAGUCAAAGUAGUCCCUAUGAAAUUAAAAGGACAAGACAUGUUUGGGGCAGUAUAUAAAUUUGUUAAAUGAAUAAAUAAAAUAAAAGUAGGCACCAUGUCCUUUUAAUUUCUGUAGGACUGCUUUUGUCUUUCACAUUGUAAUUCCACCCAGAAGCACAGGAUUUGCCCCAUGGAAAGGCAGGUCCUCAGAACAGUUUGACUGAGACAUGAGGCCCUGUGCUUGAGGGGAUGCUUUGUAAUGGUCGUCAGCCGAUAUAUUAUCUGGGUAGUUGGAGACUCUGUAUCCCAUUCCCAUGGGGAGCCUCUCAUUGCUUCUGCAAUGCAAGUAAUAAUAUGGUAUCCCUGGUUCAGCCCUGUGGCUGACACAGAGUUUGCCCCCCAGGUAUGUACAUGGAAGGUUCCAAGUUCCCUCCCUGGUGGCAUCUCCAAGAUAGGGCUGAGAGAGAUUCCUGCCUGCAACCUUGGAGAAGCCGCUGCCAGUCUGUGAAGACAAUACUGAGCUAGAUAGACCAAGGAUCUGACUCAGUGUAUGGCAGCUUCCUAUGUCCCUAUGGUAGGCUUCAGAAGUUGCCCUUGUAUGAAGACUCUUCUCAGGCUAAGACUGCAUGGUUGUUGGUGGUGUGAGAGAGAAAAAGCACUGGGACCAAUCACUCCAUCUCAGAUUUCUGAGACCAUGCUGACUCCUUUUUAUUUCCCUAGGAUGUAGAGCCCCCAUCGCUCCCAAAGAACUCCCCUAAUUUUGAAACAGGCUUUGAUCUUAAACUAUGAGGUGGUAUGAACAGCCAGGAAAUCUUGUGUGAAAGACUGGUCGUUCACACGACUGGGUGGGUGGGGUGAUGGACAGGAGAGGGGGAAGGCUGGUUGAACUCACCUUCCCCCCAGAAGACAGAGAGGUCGUUCACAUGACCGGGCGGGUGGGGUGAUGGACAGGAGGGGGGGAAGGCUGGUUGAACUCACCUUCCCCCCAGAAGACAGAGAGGUCGUUCACACGACCGGAUGAGUGCUCUGGAUCCUUUUGGCAUGCAAGCCAUGCACCCACAUGACCUGCUCUGCUGGGAGCAGAGCAGAGCAACGGAGGCCGGGACUUGUUUUCCUGGCCUCCGCGUAUCCCACAAGCGCAAUGAGCGUGGUGCCUUGGGGGAUUCCCCUGUCAGACAGGCGCUCUGUGUCUCUUCGACUCCAUAGAGCUGAGGAGACACACGGGCCCAGCAACUGGGUUAAGGGAGCACUUGUUCCCUUAACCUCGGCUAAGAGCUGGGCUCAGGAGCGGGGUUAGGCUGGGCAGGAGCACCAGGAUCCAUGUGGAUCCUGGCACUCCACACAAGCAGCCUAGCCCAGUUCUCAUGUACUCUGAGGCCGUUCUCAUGAGCAGUCUAGCCCUCUGUAGUUUUUGUAGUUGGAAGCACUGAAGGAAACCGGAAGUAGGCCUGAAAUCACAUGUAAAAGAGCAGAACAGGAUAAAAACCAGUUUUGUGGUGAGUUCUGCUGUAAACCAGAGGGGAACUUUCUCACAAUAUUGUACCAGGGUGAUAUCUUGAGAUCUGGACUGGCAGUGAGUCCUCAAAUCACACUGAAGUUUGAAAAUUAGGGGAAUGGUGAUUUCAAACCAAACCAGUAGCAUUAGAGAUUCAGGAUUGUUUUGAGGAAAAUGAGGGAGCUGGCAAACAAGAACAACUUUUCUUCUGAAACCCACCUCCAAAAAAUAUGUGCAGCAUUACUUAUUUAUUAUUCCUUCAUUUUUGUUCUUUUAGUAUUGAAGGCUUGCUGUGACUUCGAAUCCAUUUAUACAAUCAACAAAUAUUGUGGUAAAACCAUUUUUGGACUGUACUUCUUCAGGCUGCAUGUCUGAAUACUCCUCAGUGAAGAUUCAAAUUUUUUUUUAAAUUGUAAAAACGUUCAUUAUUAUUUUUGUUAACAAUAGUAUAAUUAGUGGCUGAUGUGAUAAGGAAAAUUACUCAGGGUAGUGAAAUUAUAUGGGGCUACUUUAAGUAAUUUUCCUCAUGUCAGCCAGUAUUAUUGUUUGGACACCACUUUUAAGCAAAAUAUAAAGCUAUCAAAGUGGUUUACAUAGAAAAAGGUAUAAGAAAAUGGUUCCCUGUCCCAAAAGGGCUCACAGGUUGACAUACUACACAACAUUCUGUGCUCAUUUUAAUGAAACCUGCGCACAGUUUGGCAAAAGUGCUUUUGCACAAUAUGCAAAAAUUGUGCAAAUGUAGUUGUGCAAUAGAUGCUCAACUGUUUGCACUAUUGCAACUGUUCUCACUAUUCCCAUCCAUUGCACAACUGUUUGCACUAUAUUGCAUUUUGCACUAGAGCGCUUUUGCACAACUCACAGAACUUUCUCAUUCUGUCACAACACACACGGAACCUUGCACAGUAUUUCAGCCACAGUCUAUAACACACAUGAGACAUCAGCAACAAACACUGGAAGGAAGCUAUGCUGGGCUGAAUAGGGACAGUUGUUCUCUCCCUGCUAAAUAUAAGAGACCCACCAAUUUAAAAGGUGCCUCUUUGUGCACUUAGCAGGAAUAAGCUUGCAAGGGGCAGCUUACGAAGAUACAUUAAAACAAUCUCAUAAUGCAUUAAAUUGUUCCAGCAGCAUCAAUACCAAUUAAAGCAGAAUCAGAUCUAGAAGGUUUGUACAAAUAAGGAUAUCUAAACCUGGCAGUGGGGGCGGAAAUACAUGGGGUGCCACCACAGAGAAGACCCUCUCAAGAAUCCCCAUCCACUAUACUUCAGACAGGAUGGGAACCUGGAGCAAAGCCUUUGAGCAUAUUCUCAACAGCAGGGCAGGUUCAUAUAGGAAGAAGUGGUCUUGAGGUACUCUGGUCCUAAGCAAGUUAGGGCUUUAAAGGUAAUUACCAGCACCUUGAAUUAGACCCAGAUAUGGACUAAGGGCCAGUGAAGUUGUUUCAUCAGUGGGGAGAUAUGCUCCAUAUGCCCACUCCCUGUAAGUACCUAGCUGCAUCAUUUUCAUUCUGUCUCCAAAAGCAGUCCCACAUACCAUGUAGUAGUCCAACUGAGACAGUAAGAGAAUGUGGGUUCAAUGAAUGCUCCUCAUCUAAAUUACCUGGGGGCAAUUCCAAGGGUAAAGGAAUCAGGCAUGUUACCACUUUAUCAUGGCUAUUGCCAUAAGCAAAUUUUCAGGUUGAUAUUAUAUAUAGAUACUGGCAAGAUAAUGUCUCCCAUGAUAAGGCCAUAUUUUUACAAAAAACCCUUGAUUAAUAUAGCUGGCAUCAGAAACGUGCAAAAUAUGUAAGUAAUGAAAUCAGAAUUUUUGGAAUCAUUUCUAAUUCUCUUAUCAUUGUAUUUUUUUUCACACUUUCAGAGCCUAUCUAUCUGAAGAGUUUUGUAAAAAGUAUAGCCCUAUAAUAUUUUUAUUUAUUUAUUUAUUUAUUUAUUUACUCGAUUUCUAUACCGCCCAUCCAAAAAUGGCCCAGGGCAGAUUUCUAUACCGCCCUUCCAAAAAUAGCCCAUAAUAGAAGAUGUUCUUCUGCCAGUGGCUAGAUAUAUCAGCUUGAAAAUCUGCUUAUGGCCUAUAGUCAUUGAAAAAGUGGUAACAUGCUGAUUCUGUUACCCUUAGAAUUGCACAUGAAACCAAGACACCUGAAUUGCCCCUGAGACCAAGACACCUCUUCCCAAAUGCUCCUAUCCAGUCUUUAAGACCUCCUUCAGAGGCUCUGCUUUGAUUACUCUCAUCAUCUGAGGCACAUUGUGGGAUCACCCAGAUAGGAUCCUUUCCACAGUAGCACCAAGGCUUUGGAACAGUAUAUUAUCCCUUUGCAGUUGGCCUUCGGGCAGUUACCUCAGAAGGCAUUUAGGUCCCUCUGAGCUGACUUUUGCUGCUGCUUAUAUGGUUGCUCUGUUUUUGUGUUGCUGCUUCUGAUUGUUUGAUUUUAUGCUUUAAUGUGUGUUUUUAAUUCUUUGGCAUGAAAAGUGGAAUUGAUUGAUUCAUUGAUUAAGUGCCAUCAAGUCAGUGUUGACUCUUAGCGACCACAUAGAUAGAUUCUCUCCAGGAUGAUCUGUCUUCAACUUGGCCUUUAAGGUCUCUAAGUGGUGCAUUCACUGCUGUCAUAAUUGAGUCCAUCUACCUUGCUGCUGGUCGUCCUCUUCCUCUCUUUUUUUCAACUUUCCUCAGCAUUAUAGACUUCUCAGGGAAGCUGAGUCUUGGCAUAAUGUGUCCUGGUCAUUUGUGCCUUGAGUGAAAAUUCUGGAUUGAUUUGUUAUGUGAUCCAUUUGUUUGUUUUCCUGGCUGUCCAUGGUAUCCUCAAAAGUCAUAUCCAUCACUAAAGUUCAAAAGCAUCAAUACUUUUUCUAUCUUGUUUCUUCAAAGUCCAGCUUUCAAAUCCAUAGAGUGUCACGGUGAAAACCAUUGUCCGAACGAUUCCUAAUCUUUGUAGGUGUAGACACGUCAUGGCAUUUAAAUAUCCUUUCCAAGGCCUUCAUUGCUACCCUACCAAGUGCUAGUCUGUGGCGUAUUUCUUGACCGCUGGAUCCUUUACUGUUGACAGUUGAUCCUAAAAGGCGGAAGCUAUCCACCACUUUAAUGUCUUCAUUGUCAAUUCUGAGGCUGGUGGCUGUACCUGUUGUCAUUGGUUUAGUCUUCUUUAUAUUUUAUUGUAGUCCAGUUUUUUCACUGUGCUCCUUGACUUUCAUUACUAGAGCUUGCAGAUCAUCCACAUUCCCAGCUAUCAGAGUGGUGUCAUCAGCGUAGUGCAGACUAUUGAUGUUUCUUCCUCCAACUUUAAAACUACACCCAUAUUCUUCUAAUCCAGCUUCUUUCAGUAUAUUUUCAGCAUAUAAAUGAAUAAAGAAGGAGAAAGUAUACAGCCUUGUCUUACUCCUUUGCCAAUCUGGAACCAGUCUGUUUCACCAUGUUCUGUCUGGACUGUGGCUUCCUGUCCUGUGUAUAGGUUUCUCAUGAGAAUAAGAAGAUGUUCUGGGACACCUAUUUUCCUAAGGAAAUUCUACAACUUGAUAUGGUCUACGCAAAGGCUUUUCUGUAGUCAAUAAAGCAAAUAUUGACUUAUUUCUGGUAUUCUUUGGCUUUCUCAGUUAUCCAACAUGCAUCAGCAAUGAUGUCCAAAGGUGGAAUACAAAUUCAUUAAUAAAUAAAAUCAAUUAAUGUGUUUGUUUGUUUUUAAAGAUUCUAGAAAAACACCAUGCCCAUAAGAAAGCCAUCCUUUCUCCUUGACUUACUCCCUUUCCACAUGCAGGAAAGGCUUUUGACUUGGAGAGCAAAUAAAUAUGCAGCCCACCCACACCUAACACCUUCAUCUAGAAGUGAUACAGUCCAGGAAAAAAUCUGCCACUUAACUCUGCCGAUUGUUUCAACUGCCCCAUAGAUUUAAAAGAACUCUGAUAUAGGUCUCCUGAUUACCAACAAAAUAUAUAUGUAUUCUUAAAGCAACAAAACCUACUGAAUUCUGUCCAGCCAAAUUUUAGUCUGAACAGUUUCCCUAUUCAGGUGAACAAUCUGAAUUGCAAAGCACAUACACAGAGCUCCUAUCAACAAUAUGCAAAGUCAUUCAUUGCCAUAUCUUCUUUCCACUCUUAACUCAGACAACAUUGUUUGUCUUUCCUUUGCCAGUGUUAAGCUCUUUGUUUAUACUGUACAUAAAAGUGUGAUAGCUUCACAGUUCUCUACAGCAGAAGAAGUGUGAGAUAAGGGGAAAUAUUAUCUGGUGAAGCCAUUUAUGCAGAUGUCCUCAAUUGUGGGUCCCCAAAUGUUGUUGCACUACAACUCCCAACAUUACCAGUCACAGUGACCUUUGGCUGGGGGUGAUGGAAGCUGUAAUUCGACAAUAUCUGGGGGCUCCAGCUUGAGAACCUUUAAAUUAGUGGAUCCCACAUGAUGUUGCCAACACCACACCGAAACUUGAAUGUCAACCAUUCUCUUUCCACUUGCCACCAAAGUGUUUAUGCUUGCCACCUCUGGUUCUCAAUUUCUCUCCCGGGACUGAACAAAAAGAACACAUAGCCACACUCUGCUUUCGUCCUACUGUUUUAAGAUGGACACCCUUUUUAAUGUAUUGCAACAAAAGUUCUUGGUUGUGAUUGUGCUGUAGCUUAUGCUGAAGUUUGACCCCGGGAAAUAUGUAAAAAUUAUGGAUCUAUGCAAUGUUUUGCUUGCUCGACUCUGAAAAAGACCCAACCUGUUUUUAGAUACAUGCAAAAUAAAAAUAAAAAUAAAAAUAAAAA